GUUUUUGAAGAACUUUCUUGUAUUUUCAUCCUGGCAGCACUUGGAGGAAUGCUAACUACCUGUGUGGAAGAUUGUAUUUCACUGAGGUCACGCACCGGAGCUCUUCAUCACACCUGCAAGUGGAUACAUCAGACCAUCGCCCUGCACAACCAUAUGAUCAGCCUUGCCUCAAUUGCUAGUCAGCUUCAGUAAAACAUUUUUGCUUCUAAAGACUAUUAUUAUUCUAGGACAUAAAGUGACAAUAAUAGUUGCUCCUCGAAGAAGCUGCAUUAAGACGAACUCAUUAAAAACAAUUUUAGAGAAAAUAUUUUCAAGUCAACACUUGGACUCGUGCAGAUAUUCUACUUAUUCUAAAUUAAAGUUUAGCAUAACGAGCUCAAAAACUAUUACUUUAUUGACUAUAGACACAAAGGUGCUCCUCUUAAAACUUUAGAAAUAGUAUAGGUUAUUAUUUUUCUUUGUAACUGUUGGUUCGAAUAUUAAGAAAAUGGUUCAAAUACUUUUCCACCCUCUAAAACUAAGCACUAGAAUCCUCUCCAGGAAUAAUUCAAAAACUUUACUCCUCUCACAAGAAUGUACAUCCGCUAGAUUAGUCUCUAAUAUGCCCGUAGCAAGUAGCAAGGUGCGAGAAGUUGAGAAUGACGAGAAUAAAAUUGUGAAAUCUGUCUAUAUAUCCCAAUCAAAAGAUAUUUUCACAAAUCUUGCUCUUGAAGAUUGGAUGUAUAAGAAUUUUGAUUUUUCAAAGCAACACAUUCUUCUAUUGUGGAAAAAUGACCCGUGCGUUGUCAUUGGAAGAAAUCAAAACCCAUGGCUUGAAGCGAAUCUUGAUGCGUUGUCAAGAGAUGGAGUUGAGGUGGCAAGAAGGAGCAGUGGCGGUGGUACAGUCUACCAUGACAAUGGAAAUCUUAAUUUAACAUUUUUUACUCCUCGCGAGCACUACAACAGAAGAAGGAAUCUGGAUCUCGUCUCCAACGCCUUGAAGAGAGAGUGGGCAAUAAAUGCUGAGAUCAAUCAACGGGAGGACAUGGUCGUUGAUGGAGUUUACAAGAUCUCUGGAACUGCAUCGAAACUGGGCCGUCCAAAUGCUUAUCACCAUUGCACUCUUCUUGUGGACGUCAAUCAAUCCAACCUGAGGGAAGCUCUGCGCAACAAAGAUGAUGAAAUCAAAACAAACGCAACGAAAAGCAUUCCAUCGCCGAC